AUGUUCUACGAACAAAUAAACUCUAAAAGAAUCAAAAUCAUUUCUGAAAGCCAAAUCUUUAAACACUUUUCUCUUCAGAAACCACAAGACGCUCUCUACCUUCCCGAAUCGGAGAUCUGGACUCCUCGCUACAGUGUUUAUAAUGCAAUGAAUACUCGAGCCAUCUCAAAGGGAAGAGAUUCAGAUGUGAGAAUCGAGAGCGAUGGAAGAGUCGAGCAAAGCGGGUAUUUCUUCUCGAAAGUCCUUUGCUUCGACCAUAUUCAGAACUUUCCAUUUGACAAGACAAGUUGUGGUCUGGUGAUGUCAUCAAGUAUCAACAUGAGCGUCAUGCGACUAACCGUUGUGAGAGCAGCAUUCACGACUGUCAGGGGAAACGAGGAAUUCACCCCGACGAACUACUCCGCCAUGUACUCUCUACCAAAUGAUCCAGCAAUGGACAACGAGAUCCAACUGCUAAUCACUUUCCAACGAAAUUCGGUUUAUUUCAUCAUUGUUGUCGUGAUCCCGGCCACACUUGUCACCAUAUUGACUGUCACCGGAGUCUUGUUGCCCGUUUCGCCGAAUGGGGACUUUGAUCCGGUGAACAUUGGUUUGACUUCUCUCUUGGCUCUGUCGAUCACUCUGACAGUUGUGGCCGAUAAUCUCCCAAGAACGAUCAAAGUUCCUCUUCUUGGUUCGUUCGUUCUUUCAUGUCUUGCCAUUUGUGUAAUCGCGAUUUUCUUCGGAAUCACAUUUGCUAAGUUUAAACAAUUGGCAAAGAAGCCAAAAAUUGAUUUGAAAGCGAUUUCAACGGUUUUCAAAGGGGAUCAAGUUGUGGAGAUUAAACGAGGACGGAAAAGAGCCAUCGUACGAGCGAUCAUUAAAUGGCUUUCGAUUGCUUUAUUCAUUUUUCUCCAAAGCGCUCUCAUCUGCAAUCUCUUGAUCUUUUUCUCGCAUACUUGGCGUGAGGAAAAGAUUGAUCCAUUCGAGAAUUACAAUCAAACCGAUUGGGAGAAGUUUAGCGUGAACUUUUGGAAUGAACAUUUCUCUACUUAUAUAAAUUGCACAUUUUAUUCACAAAAUCUA